GAUGGAGAACCAAAAUCAAAGCAAGUUGAAACUGAAAAUCUCUCGUAUGUUCCGUUCUUCAUUCGGUUAUUGUAAAUCAGUUUCCGAUGUCAUCGAACGCCCUCCGCCGCCCUCCGCCGCCGACCAACCCCAUCGUCACUACCAGCUAAUCGAACUCUUCUCACCAAAGAUCGAACCUUCUCGUCAUACUCGCCGAGAUAAAUGGUCGAAGUUCGUAGAAUCAGUUGACCAAAACUGUUCCCUAGCCAAAGAUCGAAUCUUUCAAAACAAAAAAGUUCAAUAUCACUCUCCCAUCGCCAUCGCCCCUCCCGUCACACCCAUUUCUCCGAUCAAAUCAUUUUCGACUAAACAGAAGAAUCGAAAACAGAAGAAACAUAGAAAGAAAAGAGCGACUUACAGCAUGGACAAAUAUUACGAGUUUUUCAGCAGCAGCAGUGAAGAAGAUGAAGAAGACGACAGAACAACGGCGACCCUUUUCUCUUCACGGUCACUUUCGUCUGAUUCGUCGGUUUCAUUCCGGGGAGGUGUUGAGAGAAGUCGGAUGAGAAGGGAAGGAAAGGCGGUUGGUAUGAACAUGAUGAUGAAUAUGAUGAUGCCGGCGAUAGAGAUGAAGAAAGAUGAUAUUAAAGUGAAGGAUAGUUUGAUGGUUGUGAAGAAAUCAAAGGAUCCAUAUAGCGAUUUCAGGAACUCGAUGGUGGAGAUGAUUGUUGAGAAGCAGAUUUUCGCGGCAAAGGAUUUGGAGAAUCUUUUGCAGACUUUUCUGUCUUUGAAUUCGAGUAAUCAUCAUAGGGUUAUUGUUGAGGUGUAUACUGAGAUUUGGGAGACACUGUUUUCUAACUGGUCUUAGAUUAAUGGCUAGGGUUCUUGUU